CGUGAUUACUUCCUAUGUUUAUUUUUAACUCUCUCUAUUUUUUCUUUUUUCUCUCUUUUUUUGUUAUUAUUUUCAAGAAACAAUGGUUUCGUUGAAACAAUUCGCCUUUAGCCCAGCUUUUGGAUUAUUGGCUGCGACGUUCAAUAGUUGGGCACAAGUGUAUGCACAAGAGGAUGAUUCAGGUGAUGGCUCGGAUGAUGGGACUGGAGAAGAUGGCUCAGAUGAUGGAAGCAUUGAAACAACCACUUCAUAUGAUGAUAGCCAAUCUACUACUACUACAGAUACACCCACAAUAGCAACAACAACGGACACUACUACUAUUACCACUACAAUUCCACCGACAACCAACGCGAUAGCGACUACAACAGACGCCCUCCCUAUUACUACUACUACCACUACCUUACCCACAACCGACCCAGUUGUGACAACAGAUCCAAUUACGACUACAACAGAUCCAGUUGAUACAUUUUCUAGUUCAAUGAUGGUGCCAUCUUCUAUUGUGAGUACAACACCUACUGAGGCAGCCAUUAGUUCAGGCUCUUCUACCAAUAAGGGUGCUAUUGCUGGUGGUGUUGUUGGUGGCGUUGUUGGUGUUGCAUUGAUCGGUGCCCUUGCAUUUUUAUUUUUGCGCAAAAGAAAAGCUAAAUCGGCUGCAGAUCGUGAAGUCUUUAGGCCCGAAGACGAUGAAGACGAUGUGAAUCAACCUAUGCAACCCAGUUACAAUACUUCCAUGUCAAGUCCAACGUCUGUCCCUCCUCCUCCUCCUCAACAUACUUACCUUGUUGAUGAUUAUCAACGACCUACCUAUUAACAAGUUUUGUAUGCCCUUGUGUAUUUCUAUUAAAAAUAAAAAUUAUUCUUAUUAAUAACAAA